AUGGGGAUAUUUCGGCCUGGCAGCACUUUCAGCCGGGAGGAAGGAGCUUGCCUAGAGGGGGUCUUCCCUCUGUUUAAAAGGCUCAGUCUAGCUACUUGGUUGUCUUUUUGCAUAUUGCUUAAUGCCUGUGGAAUAAAUGCAGCUCUGGACUUGAAACCUAAUAUAGUUCUGAUGUUGGCUGAUGAUCUUGGGAUUGGAGAUUUAGGCUUCUAUGGAAACAGUACUAUCAGCACUCCUAAUAUUGACCGGCUGGCAAAGGAAGGAGUGAAACUUACUCAACAUAUUGCGGCCGCAUCCCUCUGUACCCCAAGCAGAGCAGCUUUCCUGACUGGCAGGUACCCCAUCAGAUCAGGCAUGGCUUCCAGCGGUGGAUAUCGGGCUCUGCAGUGGAAUGCCGGCUCAGGAGGACUCCCCGCCAAUGAGACCACUUUUGCCCAGUUGUUGCAGCAGCAGGGUUACACCACAGGACUUGUAGGGAAGUGGCAUCAAGGUGUAAACUGUGAUUCUGUCAACGAUCACUGUCACCAUCCUUUAAAUCAUGGUUUUGAUUAUUUUUAUGGUAUGCCUUUCACUCUCUUGAACAACUGCCAGGACAACAAGCCUCCCGAGCUGGAUGCAGCCUUUCAGGCUAAGCUGUGGUUUUAUACUCAGCUCAUUGCCCUUGCGGUGUUCAGUGUUCUCAUGGGAAAAAUCACUGGGUUGAUCUCUGUUCCUUGGAAAGCAACCUUGUGCUUUGCUUUGUUUGGAUUCCUGUUCUUCGCUUCCUGGUACUCCAGUUAUGGCUUUGUGAAACACUGGAACUGUAUCAUGAUGCGCAACUACAACAUUACUGAACAGCCAAUGAAACUGGAAAGAACCACUUCUCUCAUGCUACAGGAAGCAGUGUCAUUUAUUCAGCACAACAAGCAGGGACCAUUCCUUCUCUUUGUUUCUUUUUUGCACGUCCACACGCCUCUGUUUACAACAGAAAAAUUUCUUGGGAAGAGCAAGCAUGGUUUAUAUGGAGAUAAUGUAGAAGAAAUGGACUGGUUGGUAGGUCACAUUCUAGAUGUAAUUGACAAGCAAGGCCUGAGAAACAAUACGUUUACUUACUUUGCUUCAGACCAUGGAGGACAUCUGGAAGCUCAAGAAGGUACAAUCCAGCUAGGUGGCUGGAAUGGCAUAUAUAAAGGGGGCAAAGGCAUGGGAGGCUGGGAAGGUGGAAUCCGUGUGCCAGGCAUAUUGAGAUGGCCCGGCAUGCUCCCUGCCAAUUCUGUUGUUGAUGAACCAACCAGUCUGAUGGAUAUUUACCCGACAGUAGCUCAUCUGGCUGGCGGAGCUCUGCCACGGGACAGAAUAAUUGAUGGAAGGAAUCUCUUACCUUUAUUACAACACAAAGUGAGACACUCAGACCAUGAGUUCAUGUUUCAUUACUGCGGAUCAUACUUGCAUGCAGUACGGUGGCAUCAAAAAGACAGUGGUGCUGUAUGGAAGGCCCAUUAUGUGACACCAAUAUUCUCCUCCGAAACUUCAGAGGCCUGUUAUGGAAAAGGAAUUUGUCCCUGUUUUGGAGAAGGCGUAACCCAUCAUGAUCCGCCUUUGCUGUUUGAUCUCUCUCGAGACCCAUCUGAGGCUAUGACCCUGUCGCCAGACACUGAGCCACUUUUCUAUGCUGUUCUUAAGAGAAUAGGCAAAGCUGUGGAUGAGCAUAGGAAGACACUCACUCCUGUCCCACAGCAGCUGUCUAUUCAUAACAUAAUGUGGAAACCGUGGCUGCAGCCAUGCUGUGGAACAUUCCCAUUUUGUUGGUGUGACAAAGAAGAUGGCACUCUAGACACCCAUAGAGUGGGCUAGCCAACAAGUUACAA